GCUUUUACAGAAACAAUCCCCUUUACUGAAUGUUUUUUGAAGCUCCCAAGUCACCAGUCCAGCAAAUGUGGUUUAACCACCCCUGUUACCUUUCUAGCUUGUGAGGCUUACCAAUGUGUGGAGCUAUUUGCUGGUAAAGCUUGGGUAUCACGCUCCUUCCGUCAGCAAGGGUAUGCCACUGCAUCCCUGGAUGUGUUAAUGGGGCAGCCCCGUGAAGGAAAACUUGAUGCAAUGGAUCUUCGAACUUCAGCGGGCAUGGCGCUGGCAUUGACUACUAUGUUGAACCUGGUCCCCUUGGCCAGCGUUGUGAUGUGCGGCAUAGUCUGCAAAUCAUUUGUUUGUAUAUCCUCGGGAACUCAUCAAAGGGCACCAUGGUGCCCACUGGGGAAGCCUGGUGUGAAAAUGGUGGAAGAAGGAAACCUUUUUAUGAGCAGGACUGCCUUGUUGCUGGCCAUAGCGGAGGUCUUUGGUGCUGCCUGGCUAUUAGAGCAGCCAAGCUCUUCAGUCUUGAAAUGGCAUCCCCGGAACUAUCCCCCACUCUUUGGGUUCUACCUGGCCCGCAACUUUGAUGCCUUCAUCUCCAGCCGGGUAGACUUUCCAGCCUUGGAUGACGUUCGGGACAAAGAAGCCGAUGCCGCUGCUGGCCAGAAAAGGCCAACGGCGGCCAAGGCGCAACCCAAGCAAAAGGCUGUUGCCAAAGGGGCCCCAAAAGCUGCUCCCAAAGCAUCCCCAAUAAAACCAGCUGAAAAGCACGCGGCUCCUCCAGUGGAUACCAAUGCCUCUCCGGCAACCGCGAAAGCGAUGGCAGUGGUGCCAAAGCGGGUUAAGGGGAAGCAACCUGAAGAGAACAGAGAAUUUGAAGCCAUGAAAGAGGCCAACAGAAAGUUGCAGAAAGAAUUGGAAGAGACCAAGAAAAGAUUGGCCUUUGAACCGGCUGAGUCAGCACCUCCCUUGCCCAAGGCCUCCGGGAAAUCCCCUCCGAUUCCCAAGGCCAAGCCCAAGCCCGUGGCGGCACCUGUGAAUCCUCCAGCGGGUUCGGAUGAGGAUGAGCCUCCAGCUCCACCGGUCAGGAGCAUGACCAAGGAUGCUUUCAUCUCCAAAGUCAAGAAGACCCAUCGAGUGUUGAAGCGUUCUGCCAACACGAAACGUCGGGGAUGGUACAACAAGGCCGACCCCGCUGCUCCCAGCCUUGGUGGCGUCGCAGCUCUCUCCCGUUUGGCCCUGCCAGACACUUCGGAUGAAGAGGAGGAACCCAGUGACACGAGAAAGGGAAAGAGCAGCAAGCUCACUGACAUGUCAUCGGGUGCUGAGGCCUACAAAACCUUUUGCAAGUUUGGUGAAUCCAUGCUGGCACGAUCCAGCAAGUUGCAGACCACUUUGGCAGAGCUUGAGGGUGACAAGAGUGAUGACAAGGGUGACCAGGUUCAUUCACGUAUCAUCAAGUGCAUCGAAGCUUUGGAAUCAGCGAUCGGUAUCCUGAAUGCCGAGUACGAGAACGUGGAACUCGUAAAGGGUGAAGUGGGAAAGCUAAAGGAUCCGAAGGGCUUGGAUGAUGACACCACCAAAAAGUUUCAGCCUUAUUUACCUCAAACACCUGUGAACCUUCUGAAGAACAUCGACCAAUAUCGGAAUGCCAAAUGUGAUGCCCCUGGCCAGCUCCUUGUGGAUCUAAGCAAGAAGGUACCUUGCUCCCAUGCAGUGGCUACUGCGAAAGCAGCUGUGAAUGAUAGUCCCAAUGGCCACACACGGGCCCUACGAGAAUUCGCUAGUGUGAAUCCCAAGGAUGCAGAAGAUGGUGCUCACAAAAUCUUCAAGGAGUAUGGCUUGACUAUCCCAUUGCCCAUUCGUAAGACUGACCUUGGGGCCGAGGGUGUAGAACAAUUCCCAAUCUUGAAAUUUUCAGAUUGGCUUCGCUACUUGAUGGACAACUGCAGGUUCUCUCAAAUGUGUGGUGUCGAAACUCUGGAGGAAAUGAUGGAAACACUCCGGGAAUUUUGGGUGAGAUCUGAGAAGAUUUCCCCUCAACAUGAAAUCUUCGCCAGCUUCCGGGCUGGCACCGUCAUUCCAUCCCUGUGCCUACCGGUUUACAGCCACACUGACGAGGGUCGGACAUACCAAAAACAGGGCAUCCUGAUCGUCAGCACUCAUGGGGCCUUAGGCAGAGGCACCCGAAGCUUCAUUGCCAAGCAGGUGAAGAAGAACCAUUUGAAAAAACCUCGUAUGGGAAUGAACUUUGUUGGGAAAACGUUGUCCACACAGUUCCUAUGUUGUGCACUUCUCCGUUCAGUUUAUGCUGAUGAUGAUACCCCAUUCCGAAAAGUUAUGAGCUACUAUGCGGAGGACAUGAGCAUGCUAUCUACACAAGGGGUUUGGAACACCCCCAAGACUUUGCGUAUGUGGGCAUUGCACAUUGGCACCAAAGCGGACCUACCGGCUUUAAUUAAGGCUGGAAAUUUUGAACGCACUUUCCGACAUGUACCAAAAGCGAGUUCUUCUCGCAAACCCUGUGGCGGAAUCUGUCAUUUGUGCCUUGCAGGCCAGGAGGCCCCAGUGCAUCAUCCAUAUGAGGACUUCUUACCGACUGCUACAUGGACAAACACUUUGUUUUCUGUCAGGCCAUGGGCUGAUGACAAUGAACCGGAGAUUAUCCAGGGGCUACCUUUGUCAAGGCACCAGCCAGAAGACUUCUUCAAGCUGGACCUCUGGCAUACUUUUCAUGCUGGAGUUGGGAAGGUGUGGAUUGCGGCAUCUUUGGUUUGCAUCUCUGAGUUCGGGGUGCCGGGGAACUCUGUGGAAGCCAAGUUGGAAUGGCUCAACAAUGACUGGCAUUUGUUCUGUCGAAUGAAGAAAAUUUGUCCAAGCUUAAAGAUCGAACGGAAAACUCUGUCCUACCCACAGACCAGUGCUUGGCCUGAAGGUCAUUGGUCAAAAGGUCAAACCACUCCUCAUCUUAUGAUGUACCUCCAACAUUUGUGCGAGAAAGUGGUGGAUGGCAAAACGGAUGAUGCUUUGGGAACAUGUGCCUUCAACCUCUUCAUCUCUGGACUAUAUGGUGAGGGCUACUGGGUUCACCGUGAUGUUGCCAUUCCUUUGGCAGCGUGCUGCGAGAAAUUCUCUGAGUGUUUUGGAAGGUGCUCCGACGUUUGUUACCAACGGGGCCUCCACAGGUUUCAUGGGGUCCCUAAGUCCCACAGCCUUUGUCAUUUUCCUUUACGCAUGAGGGAAGAAGCUGCUAGAUCAGAGUAUGUGGUCAAUUGUUUGAGUGAAUCAGUGCAAAUGCAAGAGGAUUUCAUUGGACGCCCUAGCCGACUAAGUCGCAGGGUUAGCCCAAAAGCUCUCCACUUGCGUUGUGUUCAGCGAUACUUGAUAGGAGCUUACCAUGCCCUGUUGGAAUCUGAUCAAGACAGCCGGGGCUUGUGA